AUGACACUCCUCGGACGACUUCAAGAGGGCAAGAAACAAAUUCGCCUCAUUAUAACGCUCUGUUUCUUGUUCUACAUAAUCAGCUUCCUCACCUAUACCUACAACUUACCAGCUUUCACCUACACCCAAGAAGCCACAAGUCCAUCCUUGAGACAAACAUCACCUACCAAGCCGGAGAAUGUUACAGUCAGCGCCUUGGUCUUCUACGGCCGUCGGAGCCGAGUUGAGACCAUGAAGUGCUACAUUGAGCGCAACAUGGUUGACAACGGAGGAUGGCUGGACGAAGUACUAUGGGUCGUCAACACUGACAAGAAUGACGACUUGCGAUACCUCGAAGAACUCAUGGCUUCUAACCCACGCUACAAGAAGAUUCACCCUGACGAGAUGGUGGCGACAUAUACUUAUAAGCAUAUCUGGAAAUUGCUGGACCGUGGAAAGUACUACGUCAAGAUUGAUGACGAUGUUGUAUGGAUUGACGACGACGCUAUCCCCAACAUGGUCACACGCAAGAUCCAAAACCCAAAUGACUUUGUCGUUUCGGGUAACAUCAUCAACAACCCCCCUUUAGGCUUCUUCCACAUGCGAAUGGGUGCCAUACACCCGUACUUCCCCGAACGAUUCGAGCCACUGGAUAUUAACAUCACAAGCGAGGGUGAUUACUGGAAGCCAUCGGGACACCCUGCUUGGGAGGGACCAAAGAAGUUCAAGUGGGAGCUCAACAAGGAGCCCCCUCCAUGGGAAAAUCACAGAUGGCUCAGAGUGCCUGACGAUGGUGUUUUGUACCAAACACCUGCUGCUGAGCUCAAGUACGACAUUUGGGGUGACAGUUACAAGAACUGGGCCAUCGCUUCACAGAUGCACAUGUCCCUGUUUGAGAAUAUCGAGAAGAACCAACUGGAUCUGUACAAGUUUGAGAAGCCUUGGGUCAUGUAUGAUGACCGCAUCCGCAUCAACUUCAUGUGUAUCUAUAGCGACGACAUCCUCGAUACAGACCCUGAGAACUGGCCAAAAGAAAAAGGCGAUGAGGAUAUGAUUGUGCUUGAGCUCCCCAAGAAGCUUCGACGCCGGUAA